AUGAGUGAGAACUUCCCUGUUCGCCCGUUACUUCCCGAGGGCGCUUCUGAUAUCCUGGGGAACGAAUCGGCACCCUUCCACUGCGACUGGGCUGUUUCAGGAUACACACAACCAUCUCCAGGCUUUCCCGCCAAUACCGACCGAUUCCCCAGUCGUGAUGACCCUCCAAGCACCGACAACCGACAUGGGAAUGCGAAAGUCCCUAUCCCCCGAUCCGCCUACCCUAGUUCCUGGACCCCUACCAGCGGCCGAGUUAGUCGGGCAUGCGAGAACUGUCGAGAACAAAAGGCUAAAUGCAGCGGGCACCGCCCCGCAUGUCAGCGAUGCCAGGAUGCAGACACACCGUGCUCAUACGGCGACAGGAAACGCGAGAAAUUGCUCAAGCAGUUGGAUGAUCUUACCACACAAGUCAACACUUAUGAGACGUUACUGAGAGAGCUGUACCCAAAGUUGGAUUCUUCAUCGGCUCAACGUGUUGAUCAGACACUACGGGGCCCAUUAGUCAGAAGCAUCCCCUCCCGGUUAAUCGAACUCGCCCCUAAUUUUACCCCCAAGAAUGAUCAGACCUUCUCUUCUGGCUCCGACCUGGGAACCACGGGCUAUCCCUUGAUAACGAUUGAUCACACCGAGGAGGAUUUCAACCGCGAUGAAAAGAUUCAGGCCAUGGGCUUCGUGGGCGAACAUUCGGAGAUGGUUUGGCUAUACAGACUGAAACGAGACCUCGAUCAAGAGAGUGCAACUCCCGCAAGCGAUAAUUCCGACCGGCCAUCCAUUUCAUCCCUGAACUACUUCCAAGACGACCGCGAAAUCUCUACCCUUGUUAACGUGGAUCCCACGUACCGACCUCCACAAGAACUUGCUAACGCGCUCGUUAAUACCUACUUUGAAGCAGUGCAUCCUGCUUUUCCCGUCAUUGGCAAGACGAUUUUUCAAAGCCAAUACCAGUCUUUCUAUUCCAGUACGAAUGUGCGUCCUGGAAAGAGGUGGCUGGCAGUUCUGAACUUGAUCUUCGCCAUCGCGUCGAAAUACUCAUUGCUUGUAGAAAGUCAGCCCCUGGUGAAUACUGGUGAGGACCUAGUGUUCUUCGCGCGAGCUUGGCGGUUGAGCAUUGGCAACGUGGCACUGGAUCAUCCCAAUCUGCAGCAGGUGCAGGUCGAAGGACUGGCUGCUUUUUACCUUCUUUCCACUGGCCAGGUCAAUCGGUCAUGGCGAAUUAUUGGAAUUGCGAUUCGAUCAGCGGUCGCGAUGGGCCUCAAUUUGAGAAACGACGGCGAUAGUGUUGCUCACUUAUCAAAGGAGACACGGUAUCGUGUGUGGUGGGCGUUGUUCAUGUUGGAUACGGUGCUGUGCGUGAUGACCGGGCGUCCGCCCAGCUCCGACGAAGUGUUCUGCACCACUCCCCUUCCUAUUCCAUACAAAGAAGAGGAGUUUCUGAACGACCAGGUUGUACAACUCAUCGCCCACCAGGGCGUCCGAAACUAUCUCAUGAGCUCCCUUCUACCCUCGCGUGACAUUCCGUCUGGGUUCGCCGACGCCUCAACCGACCGUAGCUCCGCCACCCAUAGAUCAGAGCAAGUUACACCUAACGUCUCGUUAUACUUCCUUUACGCAGUGGACCUGGCGUUCCUCAUGCGGCAGGCUAUUGAAGCUUUAUACGCCCCCGGUGCUGCGCGACGCUCCUGGCUGGAGAUGGAGACGACGAUCACCUCCCUCAACAAUCACGCCGACAACUGGCUCACCCACCUCCCCCCAGACUUCGCCUUUACCGAAUUAGACACCUCUCAACCUUUCAUUCGCCAACGCGCCAGUCUUGCCUUCCGAUUUUACACCACUAAGCUCAUCAUCUCCCAGCCCUGUCUCCGUCGCGUCACAAAUAGAUCAUUAGGGUCAACCUGUGACAAAAUGGCAGCCAUGUGCGUGCAAGUCGCGUCCCAAAUGCUCGAUCUCCUUCCUGACGAGGCCGAUGCAUCCUGGCUCUAUGCCAUCUCACCUUGGUGGUGUGUCUUGCAUUAUAUUAUGCAGUCUACUACGGUUCUUCUGAUCGAACUCUUCACACGAACACAGCCGGGGACUUCCGAGGCUGCCGUUCUUGCGACGAAGCUCCAGAAGGCUGUCCGGUGGCUACGCGAGAUGGCUACCAAAGAUGCAUCCUCGGAGCGAGCCUGGACUGUUUGUAGGGAGAUCAUUUCCACCCAUGGCGUAAAAUUCGCCUUGGACAUUGAUUUCUGA